AUGAACUCGCAAACAACAAUAGAAACACUACCAAAUGAAACUCUUUUUUAUAUAUUUUCUCAUCUGUCAUGGACUGAUUUAUUAACGUCUUUAUGGUCCUUAAAUAUUCGUUUUAAUUAUCUUGUGUGUUCAAUUCUUUCAAUAAAUGGUAAUCAAUUGAACACUGGUCUUAUUAUUACAUUAGGUUCAUCUUAUAAGAAGCUUAAUUCAAUAUUCUUUCCAUUGAUUUUAAAUUCAUCAUGUCUUUCAUCUUCUAUUCAACGUAUUCAUUUUGAUGAAACAAAUUCAAUUGCUUGUGAUUUUAUUUAUCAAUGGUUAUUUAAUCAUAAAGAAAUUCUUCUUUUUCCAAAUCUUAAAUCACUUAUACUUACUCGAUGUAGAUCAAUUGAACCGUUAACUGAAAGUUUAUUUUAUCUUAUUGAACAUCAAUUAGAUGAACUUACAUUAAGCUUUGAUAAGGAAAUUUUCACAGAAUCUAGUUAUGUACGACAACAUUCGUCAAUGAUUUUUGAUAAAAGUAAUUAA